UGAGCUGAAAGUGAUUAGAGGGAGGGAGGGAGGGUAAAAGAAGAGAAGAAAAAAAUAAUAACUCAAGAAACAAAUUCUUGACCCCUCAAACCCUAUUCAUCAAGAAAUCUAGAACAAGCAAGUUAGAAAAAGAAAGAAAGAAAGAAAGAUUUCAAUGAACUGAUUUAUCAAGAAGCAAAGGAAUGGAAAGCACAGCACCAGCAGAAGAGCUACUAAAAAAGAUCGAAGAACUUGAAGCAGGACACCAUCAUCUUCAACAAGAAGUGUCAAAGCUCAAGCUCUCCUCUACUACUACCGACCCAAAAUCAACCCAACAACGGUCCCAUUCAAUAUCUCCUCAAAGGUCCGGUCCCAGGAGACGGGUUUCUGGUGGGCCAACCGGGUCAAGUUUUGAGGCUGCUUGGAAGAAGGGUUCUGCUUCAUCUAGACAUUCAUCGCCUCUACAGAAAGAAAGUAGAAGUUUGAAUAGUGAUAAUGUUAGAGAUGGCAACAGUAAUGGUGGUAGAGAAGGAGGAGAUGGCAAUAGUGGACCUUCUGCUGUGAAGUUUACUGAUAAACAGUAUUUGAAUAUAUUGCAGUCUAUGGGACAGUCUGUUCAUAUUUUUGAUGUUUCGGGUCGUAUUAUUUACUGGAACAGAACAGCGGAGAACCUUUAUGGUUAUUCAGCUGCUGAAGCUCUUGGUCAGGAUGCUAUUGGGCUGCUAAUUGAUCCUCGGGAUUAUGCGCUGGCGAAUGGUAUUAUUCAACGGGUUAGUAUGGGGGAGAAAUGGACAGGGAAGUUUCCAGUUAAGAACAAAAUGGCUGAAAGGUUUACAGCUGUUGCUACUAAUACUCCACUAUACGAUGAUGAUGGCGCUUUGGUUGGGAUUAUUUGUGUAUCGAGUGAUUCACGGCCUUUUCAAGAAAUGGAAGUUGCAUUGUCGGAUUCAAGGAACUUGGAAACAGAGUCGAGCCAUAGAAGGCCCAAGAAUACUGUCAUGACCAAACUUGGUCUUGAUUCUCAACAGCCCUUGCAAGCAGCGGUUGCGUCAAAAAUAUCGAAUUUGGCAUCCAAGGUGAGUAACAAAGUCAAGUCCAAAAUUCACAUGGGAGAGAGCAACACGGAUCGUGAAGUAGGGAGUGGGGAUAGUCACUAUUCUGACCAUGGGUACUCAGAUGCAGCUCUAUCUGACCAUCGGGAGGAUGCAAAUUCUAGUGGAGCUAGCACACCAAGAGGAGAUUUGCAUCCAUCUCCUUUCGGUGUAUUUUCUAAUCUUGAUGACAAGUCCCCAGUAAAACCAUCCAGAGACUCUGGUGAUGAGAGUGAAGGAAAGCCUGCAAUUCACAAGAUCAUUACCUCAAAGGCAGAAGCAUGGAUUGGUAAGAAAGGGUUGUCAUGGCCCUGGAAAGGGAAUGAAAAGGAAGGUUCAGAAGCAAGGACAACCCGUUUUGGGUGGCCAUGGUUGCAAAAUGAUCAAGAGAGUGAAACGUAUCAUCAGACAAGUCCCUCUUCUGGUGCAAAAUCUGAAAGCCAGGUCAGUGAAAGUAUUCGGCCUGCCACUAACGAGGCCUCUGGGUCUUGGUCUUCAAUUAAUGUUAACAGCACAAGCAGUGCUAGUAGUUGCGGAAGUACCAGCAGUACUGUGAAUAAGGUGGAUAUGGACACUGAUUGCUUGGACUAUGAAAUAUUGUGGGAGGACUUGACAAUUGGAGAGCAAAUUGGGCAAGGUUCUUGUGGAACUGUAUAUCAUGCCCUGUGGUACGGAUCAGAUGUUGCUGUCAAGGUAUUCUCCAAGCAAGAAUAUUCAGAUGAUAUUAUACUUGCAUUUCGACAAGAGGUAUCUCUUAUGAAGAGACUCCGGCAUCCAAAUGUUUUGCUCUUCAUGGGUGCUGUGACUUCACCUCAGCGUCUCUGCAUUGUUACAGAGUUCCUCCCACGUGGAAGUUUGUUUCGCUUACUGCAGAGGAACACAACCAAACUAGAUUGGAGACGGCGUGUUCACAUGGCAUUGGAUAUAGCUCGAGGUAUGAACUAUCUUCAUCAUUGCAACCCGCCUAUCAUUCAUCGUGAUCUGAAGUCUUCAAAUCUCUUAGUUGACAAGAAUUGGACUGUAAAGGUUGGAGAUUUUGGUCUAUCACGUCUAAAGCAUGAAACUUAUUUGACAACAAAGACCGGGAAGGGAACGCCUCAAUGGAUGGCACCCGAAGUUCUCCGUAAUGAACCCUCUGAUGAGAAGUCUGAUAUUUACAGCUAUGGAGUAAUACUUUGGGAGCUUUCCACUGAAAAGAUCCCUUGGGAUAAUCUCAACUCAAUGCAGGUGAUUGGAGCUGUAGGGUUUAUGAACCAACGGCUAGAGAUCCCAAAAGAUGUGGAUCCACAGUGGGCUUCUAUAAUUGAGAGUUGCUGGCACAGUGAUCCAAGGUGCCGUCCAACGUUCCAGGAAUUGCUGGAAAAGCUUAGAGAUCUUCAAAGACAAUGUGCCAUUCAAGUCCAGGCAGCCCGUUCUGCAACUGGAGACAACACACAGAAGGAACCGUAGUCCUAGACCAGAUUCAUGUGUUUGUUGUCUCAUUAGCAUGGCCCAAGAGCAAUGACCUUACUUUUCAAAAGGCUCGUCUACCCAAGUGCUAGGAUAGCCCUCGGGUUGCCACCAAAGGCUUUUGGCAUUGGCAUGGAAAAGCUCGCACCAGAUAGACAAAGAGAAGGAAAAGAAAAUGAAAGUCGUUGGCAUCCAUGUGAGCUGCCUAAUCUUUAAUGGUGUUUGUUGGGGUUGGUUGGUUGUGGACGUUUGUUUAUUUACUAACAUUAUUAAAAUCUUUUGACAUCCGACAGUGGUGCUGUGUGAUUGGAAUUAUGUUGGUUGGAUUCAUGUAAACCCAUUAGUGAUUUCUAUGUUGAGAGAUGUUUAGGACCACUUAGAAAAGUUGUACAGAACACAGUUUUCAAUUGAUCAAAUAGGAGAAUCAGAUAGAUAAAUGUCUUUA